AAAAAUUCCAGCAUGAAGGCAGCGUGUGGUGGGCCUAUAUAAGAGGAUAUGAGUUCAUGUGCGCUCACCGCAACACCAGAUUCUGUCGUUAACGCUCUCUGAAGAGACAAAAAGAAGACGAGCUUCCAAACGGAUGAGAUGGAUCCACAUGUGGUGAGAUGGAACUUAUUAUCUGUCAGUGUGCUGCUGCUCACAUUGUACCUCAGCAACACCACCACUGCUGUCAGCAUGAAGGAACACCUGGCCGACUGUCUGAAUGACACAGACUACCCUAAGCUGAUGCACACUAUCCAGAACGGCCUUCCACGAACGCAUAACUCUCAUCAUGUUGUCAUCGUCGGAGCUGGCGUGGCUGGACUGACGGCUGCAAAGCUACUGCAAGACGCAGGACACAAGGUCACCAUAUUAGAGGCUAGUGAUCGUGUUGGAGGACGAGUGAUGACCUACAGAGAUGAAAGAGACGGCUGGUAUGCUGAACUGGGAGCCAUGAGGAUCCCAAGUUAUCACCAUAUCGUCCGCUGGUUUGCUCAAGAACUGGGAGUCAAACUAAAUCCAUUCAUCAUGGAGGACCUCAACACAUAUUACCUGGUCCAUGGGCUGCUGAAAAGAACAUACGCAGUGAAAGCAAAUCCUGACAUCCUGAAGUAUAAACUGCGGAAGAGCGAAAGAGGGAAGUCACCUGACCAACUGCUACAGCGAGCUCUGCAGAAGGUGAAAGAUGAAGUGGAGGCACAUGGCUGCAAAGCUGCGCUACGGAAGUACGACCACUAUUCUGUGAAGGAGUAUCUGAGAGAAGAAGGAGGUCUAAGUCCAGAGGCAGUGAGGAUGAUCGGAGACCUGCUUAAUGAACAGAGCCUCAUGCACUUGGCGCUGACUGAGAUGAUCUACAUCCAGAGCGACGUCAGCGACACCACUACGUACGACGAAGUGACUGGUGGGUCUGAUCUCCUGACCAAUGCUUUUCUCACAGUCCUUGAUGUCCCCAUCUUCCUCAACUCCAAGGUCAAACGUAUCAGCCAAUCAGAUAAAGGUGUGAUUGUAUCGUACCAGACAGACCACCAGUCCUCUUUGACAGACCUCUCUGCAGACAUCGUCCUGGUAACAACUACAGCCAAGGCAGCCCUCUUCAUCGACUUUGAUCCACCUCUCUCCACUAGAAAGAUGGAAGUCCUGAGAGGGGUCCACUACGAAAGCUCCACCAAAAUCAUCCUCACCUUCAGCAGGAAGUUUUGGGAAGAUGACGGCAUCCGAGGAGGAAAGAGCAUCACUGACGGGCCCUCUCGUUUUAUCUACUACCCCAGCCACAGUUUCCUGACCAACGAUACCAUCGGCGUCCUCCUGGCCUCCUACACCUGGUCUGAUGACUCCCUCCUCUUCCUAGGUGCCAGUGAUGAAGACCUGAAAGAGCUGGCUCUGAGAGAUUUGGCAAAGAUCCACGGCGAGCACGUCAAGUCUCUGUGCACAGGGGUGGUGGUGAAGAGGUGGAGCGAUGAUCCUUACAGCCUGGGCGCCUUCGCUCUCUUCACACCUUACCAACAUUUAGAGUACUCUAAGGAGCUGUUCAGACACGAAGGCAGGGUGCACUUUGCUGGUGAACACACGGCCUUCCCUCACGCCUGGAUUGAGACCUCUAUGAAAUCUGCCAUCAGAGCUGCAGUCAACAUUAACAAAGCGUCAGCUGGAGCUCAACACCGUGACGAACUGUAGAAUCUUUAAUCCAGCACUUUUUCUUGGUUGCUUCAUGAGCACAGGUGCACAGAAACAACUUUAUCUGUUCCUGUAUCUGUUCAAUCAACAAAACAAUCUGUCUCUGUAUCUGUAUUCAGAUAUACGACUCAAAUACACACACACAAGAAAAUGAUAAGGAAAAUGAUAAGUCACUACUUUUUAAGCACUGACAAACCAAAGCAAGUUUUGCUGACCGAUAAAAGAGGUUACUUUCACUCUUUUACAUGAUUUGUUUUCUACUGUUCUCUUUAGAUUUAUACUAUGAGGAAGAAGAAGCUAAAUUUGUAUUAUAUACAAAGUCCCAAACUACAAACUGUGUGCACACACUGCUGUUCAUAACUGAGUUUCAUAUUUGUUAUUUAUCUCAUUUUCUAAAAAUGUUUUAAUCUAUUAAAUGUUUUUCACAUUUUCCAUUAA